AAGGAGUCGUGAGUUUUAAUGUUUAUAUGUAAAGAUGACAUUGUUAUGUUCAAUAAGUAUAUGCCAAAUAUCACGAUGAUUUCUUAGCUGGCUAACAGAUGGACUACAGUUAACGGGAAUUAUGGAAAACGGCAGUAUACACAAUCAUGAAACCGAGACUACGGUCGACUGGGCGGAAUUAUGUGAACAUCAUGCCCAAGCUGCGGCAGCUGAAUUUGCACGACAUUUCCGUCAGUUUCUCACAGACAACCCUGAGUUUGACGAGCCGGAUGCCGGUAACAAAUUUGCACGUCGGUAUGUCGAUCAUUUUCUGGACCAUUUUGAGGUUGAGGCGCACAAGGGUUUCAAUGCUUCUGGCGACAGAAGAGGGACUAAUCUAAAUGGCGGAAGACAGGGCGGUGAGAUGGAUUUUCACCAUUCGCAUUUUCAACAGGAAACCACGUCGACCCAAGACCAAAAUAAUCAAUCACAUUCUUCACAUUCCAAGGCAGAAAAAACAAAAAUGCCUGGUUCUUCCAAGACACAACUCACCAAAAAAAUGUCUUUCAAAAGUAUGCGAGAAACAGUGCGAUCGAAAUUCCGCAAGCAUUCAGAGGACUUAAACCACGGAUCAAAACACACGACGCGAUCAAAACAAGACAUUUUGAAAGAAGGAAUAGUCAACCAACUUAUUUUCCCAGAUCCACAACACGGGAAAAAUAAGUGGGAAAAAAGUAAACUGAUGCUUGUUAAAACGGACGGAGGACAUAUGCUGGAAUUUUACAGCCCCCCGAAAUCUCACAAACCCAAGAAUGGUAUUUUUUGUUUUCUUAUUAAAGAAGCCAGAGAGACUACUGCCUUAGAACUUCCUGAUCUAGAAAAUACAUUUGUACUAAAGACUGCAAAUACAAUGGAGUAUGUUAUAGAGGCUGCCAAUGUACCCGAGAUGAGAGUAUGGCUAAAUAUAAUAAAAGAUUGUAUUAAAAAAGAUACAGAGUAUAACAAAAUUACACCACGAGAAAAACCACCUGCUGGUCCUUCAGCAUCUUCAUCCACAUCAUCGUCACGACCAGCUGGACGCCUACAGCCAGUAUCAGUAAACAGUCGACAGCCCAUGCUGUUGGACAACCAAACAUAUCCUGCUGCAGGAGGAGUUGGCCAAGUAGGCGGAGACAAACCAACAGCACAUGUGCCACCAAACUCUGCAUUAUUCUUGCCAAUGAAUAACAUCACUCCACCUGGAACACCACCCCAGUUACCACCUAGAAAGCCUGCAGAUAUGAGACAGAGAUUGUCAAGUGGUGCCUCGGACAUACAGGCUUCAUAUAGACCAGAUUCUCCAGCCGUGUCUACAGGAGAUCCACUUGAUUGGCCAGGGCCAGCUGGUUACGAGGGAUUCCAUGAUGCGGCCGGGGGUGACCAUCCCUUGGCCGGAUAUCCCUGGUUUCAUGGCACACUCUCACGCAUAGAUGCUGCACAGUUAGUCUUGAAAGGUGGUCCAAUGAGUCAUGGAGUAUUCUUAGUAAGACAAAGUGAAACUCGGAGGGGCGAAUACGUACUUACAUUUAAUUUUCAAGGUAGAGCAAAGCAUCUGCGUAUGUCAUUGAACGGUGAAGGGCAGUGUCGUGUACAACAUCUUUGGUUUCAGACCAUAUUUGACAUGCUAGAACACUUUCGCUCACAUCCAAUCCCGCUGGAAUCAGGGGGAACAUCUGACGUCACUUUGACUAAUUUUGUUGUGAAUGUACCAUCACCAGAAAGAGCUAUCGUAAGUGCUCCGGCAACUCCCAGUUCAGUGCAGGAUCCUAAUCUCAUACCACAGCUGCAACAAGCUCUGUCUGUUCCCGGUUACGCAGGAAUGCCACUAUCUGAACUAACAUCCACCAGAGGUAACAGUGGAUCACAUAGCCUCCACAAUUCUACAGACAAUGGACUAAACCAAAUAACUACAUUUGGCGGAUCUGUGCGCGUGCGCUCAAACUCAGCGGGAAGCGACAGCAGUCGACAGUCAAGUCAUGGAAACCAGGGAAGAGCUGUGGAAAAUAUGUACUCAUUUGUAUGA